AUGCGAUUGAGUGACGCAGAGGUGGCCGAAUACCGCGAGAGCGGCUGCCUUUUCUUUCCGGGGCUCUUCGCGCCGGAGGAGAUCGCGGCGCUGCGCGCCGGCCUUCCGCGGCUGCUGGCGCGCGACGGCGAGGAGGUGAUCCGCGAGAAGGACGGCAGCGGCGCCGCGCGGCUGGUCUACGGCGCCCACGCCUUCGAGGAGGCCUACCGGCGCAUGAGCCUGCACCCGCGCGUGCUGGAGCCGGUCCGCCACCUACUGGACGAAGAGGUCUACAUCCACCAGACGCGGCUCAACCCCAAGAUGGGGUUCCACGGCGGCGCCUGGACCUGGCAUCAGGACUUCGGCACCUGGCACCGGGUCGACGGCAUGCCCGCGCCGCACUGCGUGAUGACCACGGUCUUUCUGGACGACAUCUCGGCGGUCAACUCGCCGCUGCUGAUCAUCCCCGGCUCGCAGCACUUCGGCCUGCGCGACGAGGUGGCGCCGGAGGCCGACAACGUCGGCUACGUGGUGAUGGAGAUCGACAAGCGCACCGUGGCCGAGCUGGCCGAGCGCAUGCCGAUCCGCGCGCUGGAGGGGCCGGCCGGCUCGGUCGCCUUCCUGCACUGCAACAUCGUCCACGGCUCGGCGCCCAACGUCAGCCCCUACCGCCGCGCCAUCUGGUACAUCAACUAUUCCGCCGUGACCAACGCGGCGCGCGGCACCGACCGGGCCUGGCACCUCAACAACCGCGACUUCACGCCGCUGCGUCCGCUGGCCGAUGACUCGGCGCGCCUGGAAGAAGUCCUUCAGCAGCGCGCCGCAGGCGCGCUCGCGCAGGCCGCCGAUCACCUCGGGACGGUGGUGGGUGGUCGGCUGCUCGAAGAUUCGCGCGCCGUGGUCGACGCCGCCGCCCUUUGGGUCGUAGGCGCCGAAGACCAGCCGGCGCAGGCGCGCGAAGGCGAUCGCCUGGGCGCACAUGGCGCAGGGCUCCAGGGUGACGUAGAGGAGUUGUCCAUGCUGGAGAUGGACGUCGACAAGGUCUGCUUCGUCGUCGUGAAAAUGCGCGAGUACGAGGAAGAGGGCCUGAUCCGCGCCGAAACCGACGACGAGGAGUCCAGCCUGGACGAGCAGGCCGAGGAGGAGCUCGGCUCCGCCGAGGAGUUCGGCGCCACCGACGAGGACGGCGGCGAGGAGGAGGCGCCGGCGGAGACCGCCAGCGGCGACGGCAUCCUCGAGGAGCUGGCCACCUUCGUGCGCAACCUCGACGAGGAGGAGCAGAUCGAGCUGGUGGCCCUGGCCUGGAUGGGGCGCGGCGACUACGAGGCCGAGCAGUGGGACGAGGCCAAGCAGGCCGCCGCCGACCGCCAUAACGACCGCACCGCCGAGUACCUGCUGGGCAUCCCGCUGCUGCCCGACUAUCUGGAGGUCUUGGCCGCCUCCCCCUCUCGCGCCGGCGGCCCCGCUCCCGCCGGCGAGCGCAUCGCCAAGGUGAUCGCCCGCUCCGGCCUCUGCUCGCGCCGCGAGGCCGAGGCGCUGAUCGCCCAGGGCCGGGUCGAGCUGGACGGCGAGACGGUCACCAGCCCCGCCCUCAACGUCGGCCCGGACCAGCGCGUCACGGUCGACGGCGAGGCGCUGCCGCGGCGCGAGCCGCCGCGCCUCUGGCGCUACCACAAGCCGGCGGGGCUGUUGACGGCCGCCCGCGACCCCGAGGGGCGCGCCACCCUCUUCGAGCGUCUGCCCGCCGAAUUGCCGCGAGUCAUGCCGGUGGGCCGGCUGGACCUCAAUUCCGAGGGGCUGCUGCUGCUGACCAACGACGGCGGGCUGAAACGCCGCCUGGAGCUGCCGGCCACCGGCUGGCGCCGCCGCUACCGCGUGCGCGUGUUCGGCAGCGUCGCCCCGAGGCAGCUCGAGAAGCUGCGCGACGGCAUCGAGGUGGCCGGCGUGCGCUACGGCCCGAUCGAGGCGCAGAUCGACCCGCGUCCGGGCGAGGCGGCGGGGCGCGCCAACACCUGGCUGACCAUGACCCUGCGCGAGGGCAAGAACCGCGAGAUCCGGCGCGUCUGCGAGGCCCUGGGCCUGACGGUCAACCGGCUGAUCCGCCUGGCCUUCGGCCCCUUCCAGUUAGGCAACCUCAAAGAGGGCGAGGUGGAGGAGGUGCCGGCCAAGGUGCUGAGCGAGCAGCUCGGCGCCAAGCUGUCCGCCGAGCUGGGGCGCCUGGUGGCGCCGGCCGGCGAAGGCGUGCGGCCGACCGCCGACCGGACCCGCGAGGCGCUGUUCGGCAUUCUGGAGGGCGGACGCCUGACCGGCGGGGUGUCGCCGCUGCCCGGCGCCCGGGUGCUCGACGCCUUUGCCGGCACCGGCGCCCUGGGGCUGGAAGCCCUGUCGCGCGGCGCGGCGCGGGUCGACUUUCUGGAGCGCUACGCCCCCUCGCUGACCGCCUUGCGGGCCAACGUGGCCGCGCUCGGCGCGGGUGAGGCCUGUCGGGUGCACGACCGCGACGUCCUGCACCCGCCGGCCGCCGAGGCGCCGGCCGACCUGGUCUUCCUCGACCCGCCGUACAACCAGGGCUUCGCCCGGCCGGCGCUCGAGGCCCUGCGCGCGGCCGGCUGGAUCGCCGCCGACACGCUGGUCUGCCUGGAGCUGCUGAAGAGCGAGGAGCCCGACCUGCCGGACGGCUUCGCCCUGCUGGACGAGCGCCGCUACGGCAAGGCCAAGCUCUGCUUCCUGCGCCUCGACGCGCCGGCCUGA